UUAUCGUCAGGCCACUCCGCUUAUAGUUUGAAUUGGUGCAUUAUAUAAUAUGUAGUAAAGUUAUUUCGGACGCUUCAGUGACCGCGUUGUACUUAAAGCACUUUUUAAAAGAAUUAAGAUCUGCAAUAUUGCAGCAUAUCGUGAAAGUACUCUAAAAGUUUAUUAUAAAAGGAAGAACAUACUUUGGAACAUUAGCAGUGAUCUAGACGUCGGGAAGAAGGCGAAUACAAAGCGACAAGAAGCAUCUAAGAUGGUGGCGCUACCGGCCAUACUUUUACUGUUCAUCGGGGUCGUACCCUUGGAAGCUGCCAACAUCCUAAUCCUCGCCCCGAUGCCGUUGUACAGCCACACUUACGCCUUCGUAGCGAUCUUCAAGGAACUAGCCGUUAGGGGCCACAACGUUACCUUUGUAUCCCCGUACCCUCUAAAAGACCCUCCUCCGAACUGGAGGGAUGUCGAAGUGGGAUAUGUACCAUACACAGCUAAUAGCAUAAAAACCAUGAUGGACGGACCGUAUAGUUUCUAUUUUGCCUUAAAUGAUUUUUGCAAAACAUUAAUGGAAAAAGUCUUCCAAGAAAAGCUGUUUAUGGAGUUUUUGGAAUAUGAUACAACAAAAUACGAUUUAUUACUUCUGGAAUCGCAUUUCUGCCAGGAACCCCUCAUUGCCAUCAGUCACAAGCAGAAAAUUCCAGCAGUAACGUUCCAGGCGAUGUCCCUUACUCCAUGGUAUUCGUUUUUGAGCGGAAACGAAGUUUCGUUACAUUUGCAGCCUAACAUGAGAUCACCCUACACAAACCGAAUGAGCUUCCUUCAGCGGCUUCAUAAUUUUUUCAUAAACGUUCUUGAAUUGUGUAUCCAUUACUACGACUAUAUCCCUCAUCAGCAAGCUCUAAUGGAUAAAUACAUAAGAUACCCAGGAUAUGAAAACCGUCCAUCAUUGCUGGAUAUGCUGAGAAACACAUCAUUAACAUUGAUGGAUUACCAUUUUUCUGUUGGUUACCCAGAACCUCUACUACCCAAUGUCAUUCCAGUUGGAGGACUUAGUGCGAAGAUCGGGGAAAAACUACCAGAAGAAUUCAAGAACAUAAUGGACAAUGCAAAAGAAGGCGUGGUUUAUUUAAAUUUUGGAUCGGUACUGAACAGCAAACAGUUACCAGAGGGAAUGCUUGAGACAGUCCUAGCAGCAAUGGGUGAGCUCAACCACACUGUACUCAUGAAGUGGGAUCAGGAAAACGUGCCUAACAAACCUAAGAAUGUCUUAAUAAGGAAAUGGUAUCCGCAACCCGGCAUAUUAGCUCACCCAAACAUUAGAAUUUUUAUAACACACGCUGGCCUCCACGGAAUCACAGAAGCGCCAUCUGCUGGAGUUCCAGUCCUAUGCGUUCCUUUCUUCGCCGACCAGGAGUUCAACUCAAGAUAUGCAGAGCAGGCAGGGUUCGGUAUCACGCUUUUACCAAACGAGCUUACUAAAGAAAGUAUAGUGAACUCUGUCGUUAAAAUAAUAAAUGAACCCAGAUAUAAAGAGAACGCCGUGGCUCGUUCUAAUAUCUUACACGACAGACCCACUCCACCUAUUGAUAGCGCCAUCUACUGGAUUGAGUACGUUAUUCGGCAUAAGGGUGCGAAGCACUUGAGACCAGCCCGAAACGAUUUAUCUCUCUACGAGGUCCUUGGAAUCGACAUAGCACUUUUCAUAUUGUCCAUUGCAGUCUUACCUUUUCUCUUUCUGAUUUUGCUGUGUAGAAGGAGAGCGACAAAGGUUAAACAAGACUAGAUAAUUAUUAAUCAAAGAUGAUACAAAAUGAUACCAAAGUGAAUGUCAGUACAAGAAAGAAAAAGAUAGGUUUGCAAAACUGAUAACGCGAAAAUAUGUCCUAUUGCGUCCAUUCGACAUUGUUGAGAAAGACUCUAGCAGUCGAUUUUCUGUGAAAG